AUGGACAGGGCCAGGUGGCAGCAGGCGCUGACCCUCCUCUCCAUCUGCCUGGCCCUCGCCUUCACCCUCGCCGCUGUGGGCAGCAGCCACUGGUGUGAAGGGACCCGGCGGAUGACCAAACCUCUGUGCCAGGACCCCCUGGGCGGGCUGAACUGCAUUCACUUCAGCCGAGCCAGCGGCAGCGGUGACAGACAGCGCGAUGACAGCCAGGCUGUCCAGUACAUUUGGGAGACUGGGGACGACAAGUUCAUCCAGCGCAGGUUCCAUGCAGGGCUCUGGCUGUCCUGUGAAGAAAACCUCAACAGCACAGGUGAACAGUGUAGGAGUUUCCUGAGUAUAAUACCAGCGGAAGAACAAGGUAUUUUGUGGCUCUCCAUUGGGGCCGAGGUCUUGGAUGUCUUUCUGAUACUGGCAAGUGCCAUCCUCAUGGGCUCCAGAGUGACUUUCCACAGCUCUCGGUGCAACUGGCUGAAGGUGGAUGCCUCAGUGGCCCUCCUUAUGGUGCUUGCAGGGCUCCUAGGCAUGGUGGCCCAUAUGAUGUACACAACUAUUUUUCAAAUCACUGUGAACCUUGGGCCAGAGGAUUGGAGACCUCAGACGUGGGACUAUGGCUGGUCCUAUUGCUUUGCCUGGGGAUCUUUCGCUCUCUGCAUGGCUGUGUCAGUCAUGACCACGAGCAGAUACACAGCAGCCCACGUGAAGUGCCCAGAGAAGCAGAGAGUGCAGACAGACAGUGGCAACCCUCCGUACAAUGUCUCCCGACCUGAAGCUUCCCAGUGUGCUUGGCAAGUAGGAGCUACACCCAGUACUGCUGGCCAUGACCUUGUGAACAUUUCUGGACACCCUCCACCAGGUGCUACAGGCAAAAUGUCGGUGUGCUAG